GACACGUAGGCAAAGGCGGAACAACAGAGCACAUACAAACAAGCAUCCACCGGUGCUUGAAAGGAGAUGAAAACUUGUCCGUAAUAUACCUGUCUUGUUCUAAAAAUUGUGUAUUUUUGCUACAAUAUGGAGGCAAGAUAUAAUCUUAGAAGCCCAGGUGUCAAGCGCUUGAUGAGAGAAGCAAAAGAGCUGAGUCAACCAACAGAGCUGUAUUUUGCGCAACCACUCGAGGAUAAUUUGUUUGAAUGGCACUUUACAGUACGUGGCCCCCCUGACAGUGACUUUGCUGGGGGACGAUAUCAUGGUCGUAUAACUCUGCCACCAGAGUAUCCAAUGAAACCACCAAGUAUAAUGUUAUUGACACCAAAUGGUCGAUUUGAAGUGGGAAAGAAAAUUUGCCUCAGUAUGUCCGCCCAUCAUCCUGAAACUUGGCAGCCAUCAUGGAGCAUUCGCACUGUGCUCAUGGCACUCAUUGGAUUUAUGCCAACACAAGGAGCAGGAGCAAUAGGAUCACUAGACUAUACUCCACAGGAAAGGAAGGUUCUGGCUAAAAAAUCACUUGACUGGAAAUGUAAUUCUUGUGAAGGUUGUAUGAAGACUGCUCUCUUAGAAACCUCUGGUGAUUCAUCUAAGGAAGCAGAUGAGGAAGCUGCAGAAUUAGCUGCACAAAUCACAUUUAAGGGAGAGACUGAAAAGGAGAAAACCUCUCAAGGAAGCCCAGCAACACCAACCUCUAAUGUAACAAGCCAACCACAGGCUGCCUCAACAACAGAAUCUGUUGCUACUGGAAAUUCUCAAAUGGGAGCCUCUUCAAUGGGUAUGGCUCCACAGUACUAUGCAGCAUACCAGCAGGGGGGAUACCCAUAUUAUUCCACAGGUUACCCAAUGUACAACAUGAUGAAUACCAAUCCUUUACCAGCCCAAGGAUACCAACCAUCAGCUAUUUUGCCCAAUCAGACGCGUGCUCAUGUGACACCAACCAAUCAGAAUACAGGAGAUAGAGGAACAGAUGGCGGCCUGCGUCAAAGGACUGUAGUUAAUCAGAGUGCUGCGUCACAAAAUAUGAUGCAGCCUGUAUCCCAGGCUAAUUCUGUGGUUCAAAGACAACCCCGCAUUACACAAAGCAGCAUGGCUUCUUUAAUUGUCCUGUGGAUCUUGGCUGUGUCAAUAGCUGCUCUGGUUUGCAGAAGAAUCUUUAUGAUAUCCCAGUGAAUGAUUUGGAUUAGUAGAACAUUGUUUGUAUUGAAUGUAAAUGGAACCCAUAAAAUGCAUGAUCCAUAAUUGUGGGUAUUUUGUCCCUAAAAAUUUUUUAGGAUGCUUUUUCAGCUUUAGGGACUAGGGGAAAUUAAUGCAGGGGGUAAGUUUCAAAGGGGAGGGGGCGGGGAUUACAAAACGAGUUGGUUUUAUGAACUGAGUUGUCAAUGUGAAUUGGCUACCGUAACGAAUUUCUUUUCUAAUAUAUUAAAGUUGAAGAAGGAAUUUUUCCGAGAAAAAAGGACGGGUGUUUACGAGUCAUUCAGUUUACAAUAGAUACACGUCAUUAAAGGAAAGUGUUAAAAAGCGUUCAAUUUUAGGCAUUUUCAAAGACUUUGGAAUCUUCCUUACCUUGAUACCUCUAUCCAAUAAGAACACGUUUGGUAGCUGGCGACAACAUAUUCCAGUGCAAAUUUGAAAUAAAGCGUGAUUCUACUUUUUGCUC